CAACCAACAGGAGGAGAGCAGGCGUGAGACUUAACCUUAAGUGAUUGCUAUUGUCGUAAGAAACUAUACAGAACCUUUCUCAGUAGAUUAUUUUCGGAAGCGCAAGCGCAUCCGUCCCUGUUGGAUUUUUCUAUGUCACUGAUAGAUACUCAUGGCUAGAAAAUCAUGGUAAAACUCGUGAAGAAAAUGAAACAGCGAACGACCGCUGCGGGCACAGGCGGCAAGAGGAAGAAGGUGAUGAAAAAGAUAAAGGGGAAGCGAAAGCAAGAGCCCCUCCAGGCGCUUACGGACGAGACAAGAACAAAUUCAGUUGAAGGGAAGCCGGCAGACGGCGGCGCGAGCGACGCUGAAGCCGAAAAUGACGAGACUUCCAUCGGCAAUGACAGCGAAGAUGCAGCUAGCCAGGAGGACGAAAGAACACGAGUAGAACUGAAGCAACUAGAACCAGAAAAUGAAAAUGACAUCAGCGACGGGCAGCAAGAGGAAAAGAACGAGCAACACGUGCGUGAAAAUGACGAGGACUCCACCCUGAAAGAACAAGUAAAAACGAACGACAACGCCCUUGCCCUCCAAAAAUACGACGCUGAGAAGAUCCAGCGGUUCACCGAUUUCAGCUUCUUACCGGCCUGGGCGGCGGACGGGCUGACCCACAUGAAUCUGUUUUACCCGACGACCAUUCAAAAACUCGCGCUGCCCUUGUGCGUGGAGAGAAAAAACGUGAUCGGGAACGCCAAAACCGGUACGGGGAAGACCCUGUGCUACGCGCUCCCGACCUUGUUGCAACUCUCCAAAGACCCCUUCGGCGUGUUCGCCUUGGUGCUUUCCCCGGUGAGAGAGCUCUGUUUCCAGAUCGCGGACGUGUUCGAGGCACUGGGGAAGCCGGUCCGCGCGAGUUGUCUG